AUGAGUAGUACUACCAGCACUCAAGAGAAGAUGCACCAUCUUGAUCUCGAUGACACUGAUUCUGUCGAAAGUGUCAACUCCGAGGUCAUGGCCUUCCAAGGUCAACCACCGGCCCUGUCUGGUGAUCACAUAACAGAAAGCCAUUCCCGUCAUUCUUUCAAUCUCGUGCAUACGUUGAGCAAAACUCUUUCCCACUACAAGGAAGAAGCCGAAGAAGACCACCAACAAUUGGAAAGGUUGAUCACAAACAACGCCGGAGUUGAAUCAGUGGUUGAACUAUUAGAAGAAGGGGCCGGUAAAUUGGGUCCCUUGGAAAACCCAUAUGAUAUCAAGAAAUGGGAAUCUCAUGCUGCCCCCGAUACCACGUAUCACCCGGAAGAUCCAUGGAAGUAUCCCACUGACUCCGAAACAGGUCUUAGAAUUGUCAAUUGGGUUGACAAUGAUCCAGAAAACCCCAAGAAUAAAUCAAAGGCUUUGAAAUGGUCAUACACCAUUUUAUUAGGGUUUAUUUGUUUUAUUGUUGCUCUUGGUUCUGCUAUUGUUACUGGUGAUUUAGAAAGACCUAGAGCGUAUUUUGGUGUCUCCGAAGAAGUCAUCAUCUUAUCUUCUGUCACUAUGUUCGUGUUAGGGUUCGGAAUCGGUCCUUGUGUAUUUGCACCCUUGUCUGAAGAAUUAGGUAGACAAAUCGUUUACGUCAGUACCCUUUUCGUUGCUGUUGUGUUUGUCAUUCCCUGUGCCUUGGCUAAGAACAUUGCAACCUUAUUGGUAUGUAGAUUGAUUGACGGUAUUGCCUUCUCGGCUCCUAUGACGUUGAUUGGUGGGUCUUUGGCAGAUAUUUGGGAAGUGGAAGAAAGAGGGGUUGCAAUGGCUCUUUUCUCUGCUGCACCUUUCAUUGGUCCAGUUAUGGGACCUAUUUUUGGUGGAUUAUUGGCAGAUCAUUCUCCCACUUGGAGAUGGACUUAUUGGGCAUUCUUGAUCAUUGCUGGAUCAGGUUAUGCUCUUUUCGUUGUUGUGAUGCCUGAAACCCACUCUUCCACUUUGAUGAAGAGAAGAGCUAAGAAAUUAAGAAAGUUAACCGGUGAUCCUUCUUAUAGAGCCAUUUCUGAAUUGAAGAUAAGAAGCUUGAAGACCAUUGCCCAAGAGUCAUUCCUCAGACCCUUUAUCUUGCUUUCAGAGUUGAUUAUCUUUUUGAUCACCUUAUACAUGUCUGUUGUAUAUGGGUUAUUGUAUAUGUUCUUCUUUGCUUAUCCAGUUGUCUACAUGGAAGGGAAAGGUUGGUCUGCUUCCAAAACCGGGGUUAUGUUUAUCCCUAUUGGUGUGGGUGUGAUUACAUCCUCCAUUAUCGCUCCAUUAAUUAACAAGGAUUAUAACAAAAGAGCUCAAAAGUACCGUGAUCAAGGUGAAGUGCCUCCAGCUGAGUUACGGUUGAUUCCAAUGAUGCUUUUCUGUUGGGCCGUUCCAUUAGGGUUGUUCCCCUUUGCUUGGUCUUCUUAUCCCCACAUCUCGUGGGCCGGUCCAUGUUUCUCCGGGUUUGCUUGUGGCUUUGGGUUCACUUCCUUAUACAAUCCUGCCAACAACUAUAUUGUGGAUUCUUAUCAACAUUACGCUGCUUCCGGGUUGGCUGCAAAGACAUUUGUCAGAUCUAUCUGGGGUGCUUGUGUUCCUUUAUUCACCAUUCAAAUGUACCAUAGAUUGGGCUAUGAAUGGGCCACCACAUUGAUGGCUUUCAUCUCAUUGGCAUGUUGCGGGAUUCCCUUCUUGUUCUUCUUCUACGGUGCAAGAAUUAGAACCUUUUCCAAGUAUGCAUAUUCACCUGAAAUGGAUUCAAAAGCUCCUGAUGCUGAGAACCAAAAGGGUAAUUAA